GUGUGAUAUAAACUCGAAAAUGAGUUUGAGAUUAAUAUAAAUAGUUGGAGAUGACUUGGUUCCGUGAUUAGUGACUGGAUCGGAGAUUGAGCUAAAGGAUAAGAUUCAAAGAGGGCUGUUGAUAGGCUUUACAAGAGUUUAAUCAUGGAUGAUGGGAGGAUUUGUGCUUGCUCAAGGAAAUACUUGUUUGCAUUCGAGAGAAACGGAACCAUCGCGUGGGCGCUGCACUUGAACUAUACUUGCAGUUCGAGUAUAACUCCGGUUCAUGGAGGAUCAAGCAAGAUAUAUUUAGUUGCAGAGAACAAAGUACUGAAAAUCUAUCCUCCAAGGAUUGGAACUAAUGAAGCUCCUGUGGAAGUAUUCUUCGAAUGUGCAGAAGAGAUCAUUGGGAUCGCUGCAAGCUUAUCGAGCUCUUGUGUGCUCAUCAAUGUCAAAAAUAGAGGGCUGUUUGCUUAUCGCUUGUACCCCAUGAUGACUCGAACCCCCGACCUAUUGGUUAGAGGGGAAGCGUCUUACCUAGGGACGGAUCUAUAUGGCUUUCACAAGGGGCAAAUGCCCCACCUAGAAAAAAUUCAUAAUUCCUGGCUCCGUCAACUGAUGCGCAUCAUUGUCGAAUUGUGAUUCUAAUCUAUCGCUGUAGCAGCUGCUAAAAGGCUGGAACUCAAGUCUUAUUGGAUAAGAAAUGUGAACUACUACUAGAUUCCAUCUCAACACUUUGAUAUGCAAUGAAUUAA